ACCAUUCUCACUUUCUCUUCCCCCCUUACACUCUUUUACGUUCAUCACACGUUGCCCUCUUUCUCGAAGAUUGGCCGGUCCAAGGUUCUUGACUUUUAUCCCCUCGUCUCUACAUCAUGCGCCCGGCGUAAAUCUUCAACCACUCCUUUCACCACUUUCCCCCCUUCCCCGUCCCUCUUCGCCUUCCUUCACCCCCCUUUUUUCCCCCAACACCACCACGAUCGAUCGCCUCAUUCGCGGCGGCCAUGGACAGGUCGGAUCGACCUGAGACCAUGCGCUCCUCUCACUCUGACUCCAAAGACCCCACUGGGCCCAACUCCGGAGAUGCCCCGGAAGGAGUACCAAAGGAGGACGUCAUGAUCACUCUGUCGCUCUCUCCCGAACCGCCGGCUCCUCCUCGGACCCGAUCCCCUUUGGCUCGAUCGCACCUCCGCUCGCGAUCACUGGUGGGUAUCCCGGGCAUGCCAUCGAUGACGCGCGCCUAUUCCUCUCCGGGGCUUGACUCUCGUGGACGAUAUAUCUUCGUCAACGGCCGCGGGGUGCCCGCGCCUCAGCCCACCAUCGACUACGCAAAGCGAUCCACGCCCUUGCAGAUGCGUGACGAUCACAUCGAGACCCGCCUGGGGUCGCUGAACAUUUCCGAGACCAUCUCUGAAAACGCCGAGCUCGAGACGCUGCCGCGAUCUCCCUCCUCGCAGUCGGGCUCCUCGCCAGUCUUGAUGCCGCAGACUUUCCCGCGCGUCGGUCGCCUGCGUUCCACUUCGCCUCUCCACUUCCAGCAGCCCAUCAACAGUCCCCCGUCGAUCCAUACCUCACCCACCCUCGGCGGCCGAUACAAUGAGGCCUACCCGGCCCACUCGGCCUCGUCUACUUCCUCCGUGCCAUCGACUCCGACUAGUCUCCGCUCGCGCAGCCCCAGUAUCUCGUCCUUGGAGACUAUUCCUGAUAUUCCUGACGCUGAAGCUGAAGCGCUCGAGGAAGAGCGAAUCGCAGAACUCAAGGCUGCUGCAGAUGCGGCCGACGCUGCAAGCACUGCCAACCGACGACGCGGCGCAUCUGACAUUGCUACACCCUCUAGCUCCUUUGGCACCGUCCGUGGUGGAGCCAGUGCGUACGCUCCGCGGAGUGACAAGCGCAAGCGAUGGAGCGUCUGUGGAGCGGAGCGCCGGCAGGACCUUGACCUAGAGACCAUCUGGGAAGACUGAGCAGGCUUCACAAGACCCUUGGUCAAAGCUCUAUGGUCUUGGGCAUCUGCACACCCAUGGGCCAAUUACAAUUUCCUCCUCGUCCAGCACGUCUCUAACGCGUCUUUCCCGUGCCUUCAGGGUGCUCCAUGAGAUCGCAGCAUGAUCCAUUCUCUCUCUCUCUCUCUCUCUCUCUCUCUCGAACCUACCCCUCUUACACACCUACCUUUUAUCCGACGACGUACAUACCACCCCACCAUCUACUCAUCUUUGCAAAGCGAUAUCAUCAUACGAAAAGGAGUUUCGUCAUGGGUGGCGCUAGUACUUUUUGUUUCUGUAUUUGCGGCGCGACGGGAAAUGGGCCAGGCGUUUCGCUUCUCAUCUAUCUAUUAUGCUGGGCAUAAUUCAUUUUGCUUUGUACCAUCGACACUGGUUUCUACGAUCCAUCUGUUUCCCUGUUUUUCAUGUUGCCCUGCUCGAUACCAUCGUCCCAAUGUAUCUUAUUUUCUGGCUUUUUCGCUUGUACUGCGCUCCGCAGUCUAGCACCUGGACUCGGACCUCAAUGAGGAUUCUUUUCUCUUGAAUCAAUUCUAUUCAACAAGAUGCCCUCUGUAGAAUGGAUGAACUCUCACCACAUACUCUCUAAUCUCAAACUCAGUGAAGAA